AGUCAAUCAGCCUACCGCGUCAGAUAGUCAAAGCUCUAAAACGCUAUCAUGGCCUGCUAUAUCAAAAUUUGGGCUACGUCCGAUGUCGUCGUCAGCAUAUGUCGACUGGCCAGGGUCUGGUAUGGGGAUGGGAUAUUCCGCAACUGGCUAAGAAAUCGAGAGCAUACGUACUCUGCUCCAUAUUCAAGGGAGCCAUCGUGAAACUAUUACGUCUUGUUCUAGCUGCCCGACUCAGCCGUGCCAAGACCGUUCCUAAUAUCAUGAGCCUUCUCAUCCUGUCCUGGACCUGCAUACACACAAGCCCGUCAACGUGUGAUGGCGUCAACUGCCCAAGUUCUAUUGGUGUAAAAUAGAUCGACCCCAAUGAGACGCGAAUGCCUCAUUUAUCAGUCCACGUAAUGCACACAGUAGCGGCGUUUGCUGCUCUCCUGCUUGAGAAAGAGGUCUCAUGAUGCUUGCAUUGGACUAUUUUAGAGGUGAAAAAGAUAUCAAGUCGUUGUUUGGCCUUGCUUUCAUUGGCCUGUUUACUCAACAUCAGCCCCUUUACUUCGUGUGUUUGUGUAACUUCCGCUAUUCGACCACCAGCUAUUUGUUCUGUUGCAAGUUUGGCAUCACCCCAAGCACCAGUUGAAACACGUCGUCAAAUUCUGCACUAACGGCAAUGCCAUUGCAGAUGCCCUGAGAGAGCUCCGAUCACGGCGCUGAUAUCGAGAUGCAGAGCAUAUCGCAUAGCCGGCGCUUCUGUGGUGACCUUUCGAUUCGUCAAAGGGGUUAUUCGUAAGAAAUUUGCCUCAAUCAACCGAGCAUGGAAUUGCUUAACGGACGAUCCUACAACUUUUGAGAAGCUCAUGCAUGAGAAUAAGUCUAAUUGGGUUAAGUUUGCGGGCUUGUUUAACUAUGUUCAAAAAGGGUUUGAUGAGCAAGGGAGCAAAAGACUAACUAUAUCAUUCACUUCUAGUUAUAAACGAAGGCAGGAAACUCGAAAUUUACCGCCCAAUUUCUAUCAUGGCCACUGGCUCAAUACAAUAAGCCAUAGGACGCGACGUCUAUCAGCAUCUCUCAUCCAUAAAAGUCAAGGCCCCGAAUACCAGCAGCCUGUAGAAAGCUGUCACGAUUCCUCGGAAGGCCUCAAGGAUGAAGGAUAUCUUUGAUUGAAUUCCAUUGCGUUAGCUUGAGUUAAUGAUCAUUUGAAUACACGAAAAUUCUUAAUGUUGGGCCGCAACCACCCCAGUGGACUUCACUCUCACCGACUAACCGACAACCAGCUUUCAGUGUUACACGGCAUAGCUGAUGGUUAAUCAUCUGCUUCAUUCGCCAAGAUAAUAUAGUCGGAUGGGUCUUUUCUCCCUUGACAUGAUUUUCAGAGGAGUGCUCAGAAAGGGGCAGAAAACCAUUCCCACAAGAUGAUGCAUCAACCUUGGACGCAAUCAUCGCUUUUGUUUCUUACAUAUCUGAUCCAAACUCACUCGGAUUAGGAAGUCUCUCGUGAGAGAGGGUAUUUGCGCCGUAUUGAUAAGAUAGAAGUCUUAAGACAGAUCAUUGGGGGCGAUUAUCCACCUCAGGGGUAUAACUCUGCAUUAGCAACCACCAAGCAACCACCAAGGAUGCACGCAAUUAUAAUGUUGCACCUUGAAAGUUUACAUAUGUUUAACUAGGGGAUGAUAUUCAUAUUAAGAACAACAUCUUGUGUCCUCGCCAACUUUUCAAG